AUCGUAUAAAGUCAUAUCUCCUACGUUCGACUGUCAUAAUCGUAAGCGAUUCUAUCGUACGUGGCAAGAACACGGUUUUACCUGACGUUGAUAUAACAGCGAGAGUUAGUCUCAACAUACUUUCUAGAACCUCUCUCUAGAGCAACGAACUCACUGACUGUCGCAAACAAUUUAAUAUAUUUUCUCUAAACACCUGCCUCCCGGUAUCCUACUCAAAUCCGAAUUCUAUACUGUGGUUUGGUAACUAUAUAAGAAUAUAGUGAUUAGUAUUCUUCUAUUUGAAUGUGGAGAAUUAACAUAUCCAUUAAGAAAAUACUUCGGGGACACCAUAAGCAAAGUAACGUCUUCGAGGCCCACAUACCUGCAUCGUGUAUUACCUAUGGAGGAUCCUAGUAAAAGUAAAGUUCAACUACAAAAGAUCGCUAGUCGAGCGUGAACUGCGGACAGAAUAGAGUGGAGUCCAUUGAGCGAAGAGCGAAUGGGAAGAUUGCUGUUCAGGUCAGAGAGUGGAAGACAUACACGGUGUCUUUCAGCAAGCAUCGAGGGACAGAAGGAAGUAAGAGAAGAAAAAUAAGAAAAGAAGGAGAAGACGAGACCGGAGACAAAACUCAAGGCUCGUUCGUUCGUUUGUUCGCCCACCAGGUGUACGUCAAUUACCGGGCGUUCCGAUCCCGACAAUAAAGGGACGAGCCUACGAAAGAUAUACGUACCAGUGCAUCGGGUGUCCGUAAAUUACGGAGGAUAUAAUUAAACGUCUACUUUAGUGCCGUGAACACUGAGGGGCACGAGGCUUGCACCCGACCAACGAGAGCGUAGAAUGGAAGGAAGCUAUUAGAAGAAGAAAAAUACACAAGCCGCAAAAGAUAGAAAGAGUCUUUGACGACGUAAGAUUCUGCUCAAAGAGUCAAACUCGAGACACGUUCGGGACAGAACGAAACUCAAGCAUUCCAAACUCAUUGUUGCCGACCGGUAUAUAUAUAUAUAUUUUUAUAACCGGCUGAGCCAACCAGCAUAUCCUACUACCAUCGCCAGUGGCCCAUUGUGCCCGACUUUAACGUGCUGUGAUAAAGGCUGUGAUAUUGUGCUUUUCUCUGGCAGACACGACAUAAUUGCUGUUACCGAAUCAGCUUGAAGAAGUCCAUGUGAAAAAUUUGAAAAAAUGAAAGAAAGGUACUGCUAAGCGAAGUAGAACCCGACGAAACGUACGCGAGUACGAGGAUUUCAAGGAGCACCCGUCCAGGUGCUAGAAUUUAAAGACAACUGGUGGUCAACAAGUAAGCGAUCGCUGGAUUUUUAAUUCUGACAGUUUCGGGAAUUCAAUUAGCUCUUCGCCACUUAUUCCCCUUUUAAUAUCCUUGAUAAAGUCAAAGGAGAAUCCUAAAUGCAUUCCGUAAUUUCUCAUUGAUCGAUCCCCCCCUCCCUUCCCCGCCGUAGCUUCUAAAUUGAAUCCCAAAACAGUCAAUUGUCUCGAGUAUCGAUAACCUCAGGAAUUCACUGUCCGAUAUCCAUACUCGAAAAAAAAAGCAGUAGUCACUCUGGUUGAACCAACAAAAAUCGUACACAGCUCCGGCACUACGAGCGGAACGAGCGAAAUCCCGGCUAGCCGGUGGUGCAAGUGCGCAGGCGAGAUGAGAUUGAUGCAAAGACUAGCGAUCAGCGGACUUCUGUCCGUGAUGCUGAUCGUCUUGUUAACCGGGGCGUUCGUGACGCGUCGCGAUCUGACCAGCGUCGUUGACCGUGGCGUCGGUCCCGAGGAACGAUCCGAGCAAGUGAAUCCAGCCUGGGUACAGGACAACGUGGUUCCUGAUCCAGACGACGAGCGUGAGGAUAGGAAUCGACACGUGGAGAACGUUAAGCAUCGAGAAUCCGAACUUUCUGCGGCGGAUCCACCUCCGACGCCAGUUCCUGGUCCCUACGUGGUCAAACCGCCUAAUCCACCACUGGACGACGUGACUAAUCAGCGACGUGAAAAAGUCAAGGAGAUGAUGAAACAUGGCUGGGACAAUUAUGUAAGAUACGCCUGGGGCAAGAACGAACUGAGACCCAUCUCCAAGAGAGGACACAGCGCCAGUAUCUUCGGAGCAUCCACCAUGGGCGCCACCAUAGUCGACGGUCUGGAUACUCUUUACAUAAUGGGACUUCACAAUGAGUUCAAGCAGGGACGUGAUUGGAUUGCUGAAAAUCUGAAUUUCGAUAUUAACUCGGAAAUAUCGCUCUUCGAAACGAACAUACGUUUCAUGGGAAGUCUGCUGGCCUGCUACGCUCUCACAGGAGAUGUGAUGUUCCGCGAUAAAGCUGCUCAGCUUGGAGAACGGAUGUUACCAGCCUUCCAGACGGAGACCGGAAUUCCUCAUUCGCUCAUCAACCUUCGCACGGGGGCAAGUAAAAACUACAUCUGGGCCAGCAGCGGCUGCAGCAUCCUCUCGGAGAUCGGUACGAUGCACCUGGAGUUCACGUACCUCAGUGACAUCACAGCUAAUCCCGUGUUCAAGAGCAAGGUCGAAAACGUGAGGAAGACCCUGAAGAAUCUCGACAAGCCCAAGGGUCUCUACCCGAAUUACAUCCACCCGAAAACGGGCAAGUGGGGCCAUCAUCACAUGUCACUUGGAGGUCUGGGCGACAGUUUCUACGAAUAUCUGCUUAAGGCUUGGAUUCAAUCUGGCAAGGAAGACGCUGAGGCCAGGGAAAUGUACGAUGAUGCUGUCAGUGCGAUAGUUGAACAUAUGAUCAUGAAAUCACCUGGUGGACUUCUCUAUGCGUCCGAUCUUAAGUACGAUCGAGUUGAGCACAAGAUGGGUCAUCUGGCUUGUUUUGCUGGUGGUAUGUUCGCCCUUGGUGCCAAAUCUAUGGAGAAUGAGGUGUCCAAUCAAUAUAUGGAUAUAGCAGCAGGAUUAACCAACACAUGCCACGAAUCUUAUGAUCGCAGUGACACAAAAUUAGGACCCGAAGCUUUCCAUUUUAUUGAGGGUAACGAAGCGAAGAGCUUGAAGAAUGGAGAGAAAUACUAUAUUCUACGACCUGAGACUUUCGAAUCGUACUUUAUUAUGUGGCGACUUACAAAGGAUCCCAAGUACAGGGAAUGGGGUUGGGAAGCUGUACAGGCACUAGAAAAACACUGCCGCGUCCCGGGUGGAUUUACCGGAUUGGCCAACGUCUAUGCGGUAGACUCGUUGAAGGAUGACGUUCAGCAAAGUUACUUCUUUGCAGAAACGCUCAAGUAUCUCUACCUCCUCUUCAGCGAGGAUGACCUCAUCAGUCUGGACGAGUGGGUCUUCAACUCCGAGGCGCACGUGCUUCCAAUCAGGGGGAAUCCGCUGUAUCGUCAAGCUCCCACCUUAUAAACGUAAUACAUCUCACUAGGCAACCCAUAGCAUCAAUUUCACGUCAUCGACAAUAUCGACGAAGAAAAAGUCAUUGGAAAGCGUGAAACAGAGAAGUCGACGUUCAUUUGAAAAUGGAGAAUAUUAUGAGGUGUGAACUCUCGACGAGACUCGCCGACACAAGGAGCGUAGUCGUCGUCAUCCAGGAUGGACUGAGAUCUACGUACUGCAUCCGAGAUUAAAGUAAUUAAAUAAUUGUAGGGUAACGGUCAUUAUUUAAACCCGAGUUUGUAUAUAGUAAUGAAACUGCAAGAGCGAGUGGUUCGCUCAUUGGGAAAGGCACAUGUCCCAGAAUCCACCGAUUCCUGUCUGGUAACCGGAAGAUUCGCUACGUUACUUUUUAAAUCUAAACCAUAUAAAGUCCAUCAAUGACAAAGGACAUGAUGAUGAUGAGCAAUGGAUGUCGCACUAAUGUUAUUCAUAACGCAAUGAAUUAACUUUCGUGAGUUCCGUGCGAGCGAACGUAACCAUUGGAAAAUGAUCUGUAAGCGAGAUUCGAUCUCUCUUAAAUACACCUUGUCUGGCGCUAUGUCUUCCCUGCUUCUCUAGAAUCUAAGACUCGCACGGAAUUCAGGAUAAUCUAACACGGCGGUACUUUUAUUUUGUUAUAAAAAUUCGAUUAAGUAUGGCAUUCGAAGAAAUACAAUAUGGGAUCCGGAUCCAUUAUCAAAGGACCGCGUUACGGCAAGAAAUGUUAAUCUAGCCAGAAAAAUGGGAAUUCGCAAAGCAUGUAGAGGUAUACCUUCGUCCUAUAACGUGAUUUAAGUGUGCAAGUUUUUGUAUGUGAUGCUGGAAAGACAAAAAUUAUUAAUUGAUCAGCGAAAUAACGCUGUGAAUGGGCGGAACGAGUAAAUCGAUCCGAUAGCUAUUAAACGACGUAGUAGCCGAUAAAUAGUGAAGUGUAAUGAGAAUAGACUUGUAUAUAAAGAAUUGAAGAAAGUCAUAUUCUAUGAGAUAUAAAGAAAUAGUCCAAUAGUAGAGCGGUGUAAUUGUAUAGUGCUUGUCAACGAAAAGCGGAUGUAAACUCCGUCAAGGUCCGAGAUCAAGUCGGCUCGGUGCUGGAUCGAAAUGAAGCUCGAAAGGGAUCGGAAGAGAAUAAAAGUGAGCGAGACUGCGAGAUUGAGAGUCAUGAUGUACGAAUACAAAAAUACGAAUGAGGAUAUGGCUUAAGGGCAAACGGGAGUGACAAUUAAUUAAUCUAUUCGAUAAGAGAUGUUGCAUUAACGCGGUGUCUGUCUAAACAAAAAAAAAAAACUUCCAAACAAUCAACACCCAUUACGUUCGUUGGCGAUAUACGGCCAAAAAGUUACUUAAAUGCUCUAAGUUUUUUCUGUGUUUCGCUCGCGUGCCAGACAAUGGCUCGUUUUUGGAGUAUUGCGCUGGUGCAAUAACUGUUCUUAUCUUUUUUUUCCACCCUUGUCUUAACUACCCCUUUAUUAGUACCUCCAAAUGAAAAUGUGCGAAACUCCAUUUAAAAAUAUGGGAAUGGCCUUGUGCCUGAAGAGCCAUACCUUUCUUUUCUGUUAUUUCCUAUAAUUACUUUUUAUUUUGUUAUUUAAUUAUUAUUUUUACGAUCUUCACCACUUUAUAUUCUUCAAAGAGUUUCAUGGAGUCGCGCACGUUUCUCUUGAACACGACUGCUGUUUUUUGACGUAUCACUUUGGAUCCUACUGUAAGCAUAACUUUUUAGUACUACGUAUAUACGAAACUCGACGACCAGAUUUGUUCGUUUUUGUAACACAAUCUUGUAAACAAUCGUCUGUUCAAAAAUACUUACACAAUACAGUAAGCUCUAGGCCAUGUCUAUAUAAUGAUACUACUAAUGAAUGAUAAUAUUAAUAAAUGAUAAUAUUAGUAACAAUACUAGCCUAUACAUACUUUUGUGAAUAGAUAUUUAAUAAUUUAUUGUUAAUUAAACUAUUUCUUUUUGACGGUUCAAUUAAAAGGGGUUUUGGGUACAAUAAUCGUUUCUUACGCCUGCGCCAAUUUCUACGUUUACACAUUUAACCAUGCAAGAACUCGAUAUUAGCUUUACUCAUUGUAACCAGAGCGAGACCGAUAGAACAAGUAAGAGAAGAAAUAACAAGAUGGACAUCAAGAAAAACAAGAGAAGAUGACAUUGAAAUAAACAAUACGACAAUGGACUUUUACGAAUACGCAUGAUAUUGUAAAUACAAUUCACUGUAGCGAUUGUGGGAUUUACUUGAAUAAUUUUAUGUGAUCAUUACUUUAUCACGAUCGAUUAAUUAAAUAAAUAUUGAUAAUAUAUUACCUUGUAUGAACACUCGA